CAGCACACACCUCCCUAAUUCUAAACCAAUGAACAUAGCAAGCCAUGCAACCAAAGUCACUCAUCCCCACCUUCACCACCAAGCAACUCAUUCAAAUCCAAGCACAAACAAUCAAAUCCACCACACCCCACACUCUCAAUAUACUCUUAGGCCACCUCACACGCACACCCACUCCACAAAACGCCAUUGUCCUCUACAACCAAAUGCUCCACCACCCUCCUACCCACAACCACUUCACCUUCACCCAUGCCCUCAAAGCUUCUUCCUUCUUGCAUGCACACCAAAAAGGCCAAGAAAUCCAUGCCCACGUGGUAAAAACCGGCCAUUUUUCUGAUGUUUUCAUACAAAACUCUUUGAUCCAUUUCUACAUUGUCGUGAAUGACAUUGUCUCCGCUUGUCGGGUUUUUGAUACAAUUCCUCACCCAGAUGUUGUUUCAUGGACUUCCAUGAUUUCUGGGCUCUCCAAGUGUGGGUUUGAACAGGAAGCCAUUGCCAGGUUUUUAGUUAUGGACGUGAAGCCUAAUUGUAAUACGAUUGUUAGUGUUUUAUCGGCGUGUUCUACUUUAGGUGCUAUUAAGUUUGGUAAAGCGAUUCAUUGCUAUAGUUUGAAGACUUUCACGGAAGAGAACAUGGUUUUGAACAAUGCAGUUCUUGAUUUCUAUGUAAAAUAUGGGUCUUUGGCGAGUGCACGAUAUCUGUUCGUGAAUAUGCCAAUAAGAGACGUUGUUUCUUGGACUACAAUGGUGGGUGGUCUUGCACAAAGAGGGUUUUAUGAGGAGGCAGUAUCAAUUUUCGUAGAAAUGUUGCGAGAAGGAGAAUCUGAGCCUAAUGAAGCCACUAUAGUCAAUGUAUUGUCAGCAUGUUCUUCGCUUGGUUCCUUGAGUUUGGGUCAAUGGGUGCAUUCUUAUGUCAGCAGUAUGAGAUACGAUCUUAUAAAGGAUGGAAAUGUAGGGAAUGCUUUUCUCAAUAUGUUUGUUAAGUGUGGUGACGUGGGUAUGGCUAUUAAGGUGUUUAAUAUGGUUGCAAGCAAGGACAUAGUGUCAUGGAGUACCAUGAUUAGUGGCGUGGCCAUGACCGGCCUUGGCAAGCAGGCGCUGCCCCUCUUCUUGCUCAUGUUAGUUCAUGGGGUUCCUCCUGACGAUAUAACCUUUAUUGGCUUGUUAUCUGCUUGUAGCCAUGCUGGGCUGGUUGAUGAAGGGUUGAUGUUUUUUAAGGCCAUGAAGGAUGUGUAUGGGAUUAUCCCCCAACUGCAGCAUUAUGCUUGCGUUGUUGAUUUGUAUGGUCGAGCAGGGCUCUUGGAAGAAGCAGAGCGUUUCAUUAGAGAUAUGCCUGUGGAAGCACAGGGACCAGUUUGGGGAGCAUUGCUGAAUGCUUGUAGAAUUCAUGGAAAUGAGAAGAUGUUUGAGCGGAUUACUUGGUGUCUUCCUAGUGCUAAAGGUGUGAGUAUUGGAACUUUUGCUUUGUUGUCGAACACUUUUGCCAGUUCCAACAGAUGGGAUGAUGCGAAUAAAGUUCGGGAUUCAAUGAGAUGCAAGGGUUUGAAAAAGAUGGCUGGAUAUAGCUGGAUCGAGGUUGAUGAAUAGAUCUAUAUACAAAAACUGAUUCAUGUUUUAUUCUUUUUUGGUGCUUUGAGACCAUCAUUCAUGUUGGGGCUCAUGAUGUGAUUCCUACUUCCUAGAAAUGAACACUGCUAAAUAGCUGGGAGGAGGACUGAAUGAAAAGCCCGGUUUAAGUUUUGUUGUGCGGGAAAAAGUUAUGUCUGCACAAUAGUGGUACCUUCUCAAUGAAGAUGCAAAACUGGUGAAGGAUUUCUGACAUGAUUUUAGUCAAGAUGGGAGCAAUGCCUUUAUUUUUACAUCUGUACAGCAAGAAUAAAUUCGGGUGAUCCUCUAAUAUUCUUCACCAUCACUUCUAGGUUUUUUUCUUUUUGGGCCAGGGAUAGAUUUCAUCCAAGCUCUUUUGUUAUGAUAACCUGCCAUGAAAGAGAAUAGUUGGCUGCUUUAGUUUGGAGGCAAAAUUGGAAGCCACAAUGGCGUUGCCAUUGGCAAAUGACCCACUUUCUCUGGUAGCAUAUAAACACUUCAACUUUCCUGCCAUUCUGCAAGUGUCUAUAGGCCACUUCCAAAUGGUCUACUUAAAUUCUUUUUCGUCGAGGAGUUUGAUUGUGACAAGAACACAGGUGUUGGAUGGAGAGUGAAUGUCAGUGGUUAUGUUAGAGACUAAGAAUUUCAAUCAAAGUAGAAUAAUUGUCUGUGCAAAAAAGGAAAUAUAAGGUUUUGGAUGGAUAGGAUUUUUUGAGGAUCAAGGUUGUGGAGAUGCAUCUGAAAUUUUACGCAGUCUCGAAGUAACAGAGCAGCUAGUUUUGAAAUUGAAGUCAUCGCCUCGAAUGCUCAUUUUUUAGCCAGAGAAGCAAAGAAUCAAAUUUAGUAAGUUUUAACUAUACAUUGCCAGGAAUUUUCCUAUAGUUGUUGUGUAGGCAAAGAAGUAGUUGAUUUUAUACGAGUGUAACAGUCAUGUAUU